AUGAUACGGAGAAAGACGCCGUUUAGCGAAGACAAAAACAAAACUCCGAAUCACGCCCUACGAUACGCUGCUUUAUUUUCUUUUCUUGCCAUACUAUUUAUCUACAAACUUUCAGGGCUCUAUUCUGUGUGGUCACCUUUGGGUACCCUUCCUUUGCCACCCUCAGAAUAUCUUUCAGAUAGUUCCCUGCAAGGUAAAGGGAAUAAAUUGGAACUGUUCGACCAACAGUUUCAGCUAAAGCAUAUAUUCCAUCAUGGUACUGGAGAUCUACAUCGUGUACACCGAAGACUAGAUAUUACACCCAAGUUUUUGGAGGAAAAUGAAGCAUUUCUUCUAUCCACUGGCGACUCCGGCGUCCGUUCUUCAUCAAAUGUUGACGAGAGCAACCUUAAUAGUGUGCUAUCGGAGCCUGACUGGCCAAAGUCUAAAAUGACGAACAAUCCGUGGACGGUCCAGCUUCCUAUACGGGAGAGACAAUCCAAGGCUAAAGUCGUGCGCCUCACUGAGCGCCACAGUCCCAAUUUCCUUGAUUCGUAUCUAAACUAUGCCAUGAAGGUGAAGGGAAACCCCAAAAGCCUCAAUCUGAUUGGCUUAGAGUGGGAUCCAGAAUCGGAGAUCAGGGUCCCUGAUAUCAAAGAUAGGGAUACUGUUGUUUCGCUAGCCACCAUUUCAUCAAAUGCGUACGUCAAACUCCCUCGUAGUGAGAAAGAAAAAGAAAAACUGGACUGGGUGGAUGUGGGUGAUCCUUGGGCCCCGGAUGAAGAUAAUGCUGACAUGAAUUUUGGUUGGCUUGAAAACGGGUUGCGAGGCCAUGUCUUUGUAAGCAACGAUUCUAAGACUGUGGUGAUAGGAAUAAAGGGAACAUCGGGCGCUUUCCUCCCUGGAGGAGGCAGCGAAGAAACGUCUGCAAAUGAUAAAACAAACGACAAUUUACUCUUUCUGUGCUGCUGUGCACGCGUGGGGUACAUGUGGACAACGGUAUGUGACUGCUACGAAAAGGCGUAUACCUGCAAUCAAGACUGCCUAGAGUCUGAGCUUCUUCGUCAAGAUAGAUACUACCAGGCCACUCUAGACCUUUACAGAAAUGUCACGAAGUUGUAUCCACCAGAAACUACGGAUAUUUGGGUCACGGGUCAUUCAUUAGGUGGAGCGUUGGCUUCGCUCUUGGGCCGCACUUAUGGGCUACCUGUUGUUGCAUUUGAGGCCCCUGGGGAAAUGUUGGCAAGCCAAAGAUUACACCUUCCGAAACCACCCGGCAUCCCGAAGCACUUAGAGUAUAUUUGGCAUUUCGGAAACACUGCAGACCCCAUUUUCAUGGGUGUAUGCAAUGGUGCCUCAUCGUCUUGCUCUGUUGCAGGAUAUGCCAUGGAAACAGCGUGCCAUACCGGACAAAUUUGUGUUUACGAUGUUGUCACAGACAAGGGCUGGCACGUCAAUUUGCUCAAUCACCGAAUCCACACUGUUAUCGACGAUAUUAUUUUGGCAUAUAACGAAACAGCCCCUUGUGAAGAACAACCACCGUGUAAGGACUGUUUCAAUUGGAGAUUUACAAGCAACGACGACAACGAGCCUGAUGAGCCCAAAUUUCCCAAUCCGUUCAAACCAAAGCCCUCACCUUCCGUAACGCUUAGCUCAACUUCUGCUUCUUCAAGCUCUUUUCGUGGCUCAAAGUCAACGUCGCUGACUUCUGGCACAAGUGAGCCCACAGAGGUACCGAAAAAAUGUUUGAAAAGAACGUGGUAUGGCUGGUGUUUAAAAUGGGGACAUGAGGAUGAAUCAAGAUGA